CGCUUGGAUGGAUGUGGUUGUUGGUCGCACUUGUGUGAUGGUAACUCUACCAGAUUGCCAAUUGCUCAUAUUGUGUGCAAUCAGACACCUCCAACUCAGGACAAGCCGAGUCUAAUGACCAUUCGUGAGGUUGAGGCAGUCUUCCAUGAGUUUGGCCAUGCGCUUCAACAUAUGCUGUAGAAAUUCUAAGAGAUUGUAACAUAUUUUUGUACAAUAUUGAGAACAUUACCAUAGCUAGAAGAUUGAAAUUAGGAUGAUUGUUUUCUCUCCUAAUUUAGGAGAUUCCUUUCCUUUUUCCCUCACCCUCGUUUAUAAAAUAACUUGUACUAGUAGUACUACAGUUAUGAAAUAAUCAAGGAAUUAUCUUCCUGCUUUCAUGGUAUCAGAGCAAGGUUGGAGUUAAUGACGGAUGUCCCCGUUAAUAACCAAAGCUCCACGACAUCUGAAUCUUCAUACAACGAGGCAGAGAGUAAUUCUACGAUGGCCUUGACGGGAUUAGAUAAUGCCUCCUUUCAACUCAUGGUGGAGAAAUUAAAUGGAAGAAACUUCAAAGAAUGGGCGCAAUCAAUAAAGCUGGUAAUCGACGGUAAGGGAAAACUAGGGUACCUUACAGGAGAAACGCAUAAACCAACAGAUUCAGCCCUUUUGCAGAAGUGGAAAUCCGAAAACUCAAUGGUCACGGCGUGGUUAGUGAACUUCAUGCAUCCUUCAAUUGGGAAAACAUACUUAUUCUUGCCAACCGUGAAGGACGUUUGGGAUGAUGCCAAGGAGAUGUAUUCGAACUCAAAAAAUUCAUCCCAAAUCUUUGAAAUCAAAUCAAGAUUAUGUAGACAAAACAAGGAAAAAGAGAUGUUACCAACUAAUACUCAGAAAUGAUCUCUCUUUGGCAAGAACUCGAUCUUGGAAAAAGAUUGAGAAUGCUCAAAAGAUAGCGUAAAAUACAAGAAAAGAUUAGAAAACGAGCAAGUGUAUGAGUUUCUCGCAGGUCUGAAUCGCGACUUGGACAAUGUAAUAAAUAAUUAUUUCACCAUCUAAACAU